ACCGGAGUGCGGAGCGGAAGAGCGGGCGCUCCCACGGAUUUCGGGAUUUCACGGAGCGCGAGCGUUCCCGAACGGAGCCAUAUAUAUGCCCUCCUUGUUCGAGAGUCAAAACGAUCUCCUCAGCGGUUUCCUCUCCACCGUCCCGUAUCUGAAUUCUCUUCCUCGUCCUCUUCCUCUCCCGAGUCCUAAUCUACCCCCAAUUCGACACACAACGCUGCUAUUCGUGCCCUAUAGCUGCCGUCGCCGUAGCUUUUGUCACCGCCGAGCUCUCACGCCCGCCACCCGUUUGCCCCUGCCGCUCGUUCCCGUUCCCCCCUUCCGUGGGGUAUCAAUUCUGUCCCGCAAUUUUGGUUUGGAGGUGUCUAUCUUGCUAUUUUGUCUUGCUCUUUAGCAUGUGACUGUUUCGUCUGAGUUGGUAAUAACGUGAGAAUGCGUGGAGGCCUUGAGUUAUUACGCCUUAUGUGAUGCACUUGAUCACAUUUUUCACCAAUAUCAUUGGUGUGGUGACCAUUGGUCUUGUCUCCAUAGUUUCCAUUUUGGGUCUCAUCUGCCUGAGCCGAUCAGUAUAUUUUCAGUUGUGGAUCAAGAGAAGAGGCUAUCAGCGGCUUAACUACUUUAACGGACCGUGGCUGACACGGAUAACAUUAAUACUGGUUGCCUUUUGGUGGGGUAUUGGAGAGGUACUUCGGCUUACUUUUGUGAACGGAGAGGGAAGAUUCACUUCUGAUCGGACAUGGCAAGAAAAUAUAUGCAAAUUCUAUAUCAUCUCAAAUUUGGGGUUUGCGGAGCCAGGUUUGUUCUUGUUACUUGCGUUUCUUCUCAAUGCAGCUUUACAAAAACAAGAGCUUGGUACCUUAAAUCAGAAAUGGAAUCAGAAGACUAUACGUGCCAUGUUUCUUAUUUGUCUUCCGUCGCUUGGUUGGGAAUCUUGUGUUGUCUUCAUCGGUCCUCAUGUUACUUCAAAUAAUGACCAGACAUCAAAGCUUGCACAAUACUGGUUUUCAGCCUCGGUAGUACAUAAUGGAAAUGUCUCAUGCACAUACCCGUUGCUGAGCAGUAUAUUUCUUGGGGCAUUUUAUAUCACUUUAACCAUUUAUAUGGUGUUUACUGGAAAUCAGAUGUUAUCUUUGGUGAUCAACAAAGGGCUUCGGCAAAGAAUAUAUAUGCUAAUAUUUGCGACAGUAAUAUUACUUCCUCGGGUUAUACUUCUUGGGCUUUCUAUUGUUACAUGGCCAGGUGAAAUAGCACAUGAAUCUCUCAUGUUUAUCUCCUUCAUGAUAUUGAUGAUUGCUGCGAUGGUUGGUAUUGUGAUUUUGGUGUAUUUUCCGAUUGCUGAUACCUUUGCUAUAGCAGCCCAAGAGCAUGUUGAGAUGCAAGCGAAUCAAACUAUGAUCAUAUGACUCUUAGAUUUGUAAUUUAACUUAUUUUCUAGCUAUCUUCAAAGAUAAACUUGGCAAUCUUGAGGUUGUGGCUGAGAUUUUGUCUCGAGGGCUUUGUAAACAUAGAACUGACUAAAAUAGGGAUAACAUUCUUCUAUUGUUUUUUGUCCUUUUCUUCGCAAAAGUAGGUGUGGAGAAAAUUCAUGUAAAAUAGUUUCUAGAAAGUAGUGAAAAUCAGGCUUGAUUUGCCUAUUUCUGUACAUUCGAGAAAAAUCUUAUAUAUAUUCACCUCUUUGAAGGGGCUUAUA